AUGGUUCCCUCUCUAGCAGCCGUGUGGAAGCGGCAUCUCACCCUCAACACCGAUGCAGACGGGCUCCCUUAUGUUCAGUAUUGUCUGGUGUCGUUUGGUGGUCAGACGUGGGAUCUAGAUUCGGUUAAGCUGUAUCUCAAUGCUCUGGGCUUUGGUCGUGAUGGAUCGAGCUAUCCUUUUGUCGAGAUCAAGCCCGAAGCUCUCGACUCUCGAGUGUUCCCUGUGCUCGAGAGUGUUCAAGUGUCUUUGGGGCCAUGCUGA